AUGCAGCUUUCUGCUACGCUAGUCUGGAUGACCCCUGAAGGUACUUUUGAGUGCCUUGUCCGGAUACACACUGCAAAACAGUACAUGAAGGACUGGGAGAGUGCUUACUCUCCUGCAUGGAACACAGAGGCGGCUCUUUUUGAAAGCGAAAUAUGUCCUAAAUUUGGAAGAUCUGAGAGAUGUGCAGUAACCGAAAUAAGUGAAGGCAGUACAAUUUAUCAGCUAAGUCUGAAUUUCAACACGACUAAUCUGAACGCAACACUGAGCGAGGUUAGAACAAGUGCAGAGAACAUAACGAGCUACGAUGGCUAUGCUGUCAACAGUAGCGCUCUGACUAUGAGUUACGCUGUAAUUUCUGCACUAUCAUCAACUACUACCGGCAGUACCCUAACAGCAGACGAGUCCACACAACAAUCCAGAGAAAUUACUGAUGAAUCUACGACAGAACCAGACAGUUCGACUCAAAAGCCCACAACGGAACGAUCACCGUCAUCCACAGAACAAUCUGCAGAAAGUACUGAUGAGGCUACCACAGGACGAAGCAGCACGCCUCAAGAGCCCGCAACAGAACCGGCAUCCACAUAUCAAUCUUCAGAAAGUACCGAUGAGACUACGACAAAACCAGGCAGUACAACUCAAUGGCCAACAACGUUACCGUCAUCUGCAAAACAAUCGACAGGAAGUACCGAUGAGACUACGACAGAACCAGCCAGUUCGACUCAAGAGCCUACAACCGAAACAGAACCAGGCAGUACGACUCACGAGGCUUCAACCAAAACCGAGGCAGAAACAAUCACUGAAGCGUCUUCGACUACCACCGAGGCAGAUACUACAACCCAAGAGGAAGUUUCAACCAACACAGAGGCAGAAAUAACAACCACUGAGGGGGUUUCAAACACUACCAAGGAAGAAAUUACAGCCACAAAAGAGGCUUCACCCACCACCGAGGUAGAAAUAACAACCACAGAGGAGGCCAUAACAACCAACAAGGCACAAACCACAAACGCUGAAGCGGCUUCAACCACCAUCGAGGCAGAGACAACAGUCACUGAAGCGGCUUCAACCAACACCGAGGCAGAAACAACGUUCACAACGGAGGCUACAACCACAAGCGGGGCAGAUACAACGUUCACACCGGAGGCUGCAACCACCAGCGAGGCAGAUACAACAUUAACAACACUGGUUGCAACCACCGGCGAGGCAGAUACAACGUUUACAAUGGAGACUGCAACCACCAGCGAGGCAGAUACAACGUUCACAACGGAGGCUGCAACCACCAGCGAGACAGAUAAAACGUUAACAACGGAGGCUGUAACCACCAGCGAGGCAGAGACAACGUUUACAACGGAGGCUGCAACCACCAGCGAGACAGAUACAACGUUCACAACGGAGGCUGCAACCAUCAGCGAGACAGAUACAACGUUCACAACGGAGGCUGCAACCACCAGCGAACAAGAAACUUCAACCACCAGCAGGGCAGAUACAACUUUUACAACGGAGGCUGCAACCACCAACGAAGCAGAUACAACGUUUACAACGGAGGCUUCAACCACCAGCAAGGCAGAUACAACGUUUACAACGGAGGUUGCAACCACCAGCGAGGAUGAUACAACGUUCACAACGGAGGCUGCAACCAUCAGCGAGACAGAUACAACGUUCACAACUGAGGCUGCAACCACCAGCGAGGCAGAAACUUCAACCACCGAUACAACGUUCACAACGGAGGCUGCAACCACCAGCAAGACAGAUACAACGUUCACAACGGAGGCUGCAACCACCAGCGAGGCAGAUACAACGUUCACAACGGAGGCUGCAAUCACCAGUGAGGCAGAUACAACGUUCACAACGAUGGCUGCAACCACCAGCGAGACAGAUACAACGUUAACAACGGAGGCUGCAACCAUCAGCGAGACAAAGACAACGUUUACAACGGAGGCUGCAACCACCAGCGAAGCAGAUACAACGUUCACAACGAUGGCUGCAACCACCAGCGAGACAGAUACAACGUUAACAACGGAGGCUGCAACCAUCAGCGAGACAAAGACAACGUUUACAACGGAGGCUGCAACCACCAGCGAAGCAGAUACAACGUUCACAACGGAGGCUGCAACCACCAGCAAGACAGACACAACGUUCACAACGGAGGCUGCAACCACCAGCGAGGCAGAUACAACGUUCACAACGGAGGUUGCAAUCACCAGUGAGGCAGAGACAACGUUUUCAACGGAGGCUGCAACCACCAGUGAGACAGAUACAACGUUCACAACGGAGGCUGCAACCAUCAUCGAGACAGAUACAACGUUCACAACGGAGGCUGCAAUCACCAGCGAACCAGAAACUUCAACCACCAGCAGGGCAGAUACAACUUUUACAACGGAGGCUGCAACCACCAGCGAAGCAGAUUCAACGUUUACAACGGAGGCUGCAACCACCAGCGAGGCAGAUACAACGUUAAGAACAGAGGCUUCAACCACCAGCGAGGCAGAGACAACGUUUACAACGGAGGCUGCAAUCACCAGUGAGGCAGAAACUUCAACCACCAGCGGGGCAGAUACAACGUUCACAACGGAGGCUGCAACCACCAGCGAGGCAGAUACAACAUUAACAACAGAGGUUGCAACCACCGGCGAGGCAGAUACAACGUUUACAAUGGAGACUGCAACCACCAGCGAGGCAGAAACAACGUUCACAACGGAAGCAGUAACCACCAGCGAGGCAGAAACUUCAACCACCGUCGAGGCAGAUACAACGUUCACAACGGAGGCUAAAACCACAAGCGGGGCAGAUACAACGUUCACAACGGAGGCUGCAACCACCAGCGAGGCAGAUACAACGUUCACAACGGAGGCAGCAACCGCCGGCGAGGCAGAUACAACGUUUACAAUGGAGACUGCAACCACCAGCGAGGCAGAUACAAUGUUCACAACGGAGGCUGCAACCACCAGCGGGGCAGAUACAACGUUCACAACGGAAGCAUCAACCACCAGCGCGGCAGAUACAAAAUUCACAACAGAGGCUGCAACCACCGGCGAGGCAGAUACAACGUUUACAAUGGAGACUGCAACCACCAGCGAGGCAGAUACAACGUUCACAACGGAGGCUGCAACCACCGGCGAGGCAGAGACAACGUUAACAACGGAAUCAUCAACCACCAGCGUGGCAGAUACAACGUUUACAACGCAGUCUGCAACCAUCAGCGAAGCAGAUACAACGUUCACAACGGAGGCUGCAACCACCAGCGAGGCAGAUACAACGUUUACAAUGGAGACUGCAACCAUCAGCGAAGCAGAUACAACGUUCACAACGGAGGCUGCAACCACCAGCGAGGCAGAAACUUCAACCACCAGCGGGGCAGAUAGAACGUUCACAACGGAAGCAUCAACCACCAGCGUGGCAGAUACAACGUUUACAACGGAGGCUGCAACCACCAGCGAGGCAGAAACUUCAACCACCAGCGGGGCAGAUACAACGUUCACAACGGAAGCAUCAACCACCAGCGUGGCAGAUACAACGUUCACAACGGAAGCUGCAACCACCAGCGAGGCAGAAACAAUGUUCACAACGGAAGCUGCAACCACCAGCGAGGCAGAAACUUCAACCACCGACGAGGCAGAUACAACGUUUACAACGGAGGCUACAACCACCAGCGAGGCAGAUACAACGUUCACAAUGGAGACUGCAACCACCAGCGAGGCAGAUACAACGUUUACAACGGAAGCAGUUACCACCAGCGAGGCAGAAACUUCAACCACCGGCGAGGCAGAUACAACGUUUACAACGGAAGCAGUUACCACCAGCGAGGCAGAAACUUCAACCACCGGCGAGGCAGAUACAACGUUUACAACGGAGGCUACAACCACCAGCGAGGCAGAUACAACGUUCACAACGGAGGCUGCAACUACCAGAGAAGCAGAAGCAACCUCCACAACGGAUGCUGUAACCACCAGCGAGACAAAAAGAAUCUCUACGACGGAGGCUGUAACCACCAGCGAGACAGAAACAGCCUCCACAAUAGAGGCAGCAACCACCAGCGAAGCAGAAUUAACGACCACAACAGAGAUUGCAUCCACCGUCGAGGCAGAAGCGGCAAUCACGACGGAGGCUGUAACCACCCCUGAUGUAGAUAUAGAAGCUGCAACCACAACUAAGGCAGAAAUAAGCACCACAUCAGAGGAUGCAACCACAACUGAGACAGAAAUGACAACCGCAGCAACGAAUGCAGAAUUAGCAACCACAGCAGCGGCAGCAACCACAGCCGAGGCAGAAAUAACGACAUCAGUGGAGGCCGCAACCACGGAGGCAGAAUUAACAACCGAAGCAAAGGUGGAAGCUACAUCGGAGGCCGAAAUAAGUACCACAGCAGAGGUGAUAGCUAUGACGGAGGCAGAAAUAUCUACUACAGUAGAGGCUGCAGAAGUAACAGCCAUAACAGAGGCGGUAACCACAACAGAUGCGGCAACCACAGCAGCGAGUGCUACAAAAGAGGCUGCAUCCCCCACAGAAGAAGCGUCGACAACUACGAAAUCAGAGGAGGUUGAUACCAGCUCCAAAGAAGACAAGUCAAGCUCUAAAGAAAUAGGAGAGGCUAUAAUAGUCGACGUCAAUGUCGCCGUCUAUACAUACAAAUAUUUCAAGGAAGAUUGGGAAAGUAAAAACACAGCAGCGUGGAAAGAAGAGGCAACACUAUGCGAAAAUUCGAUGUGUCCAAGCUUUAGUGGUUCUGAACGCUGUGCAGUUUAUGACAUUAGUAAAGGCAGUACUAUCUUCAGCUUGACAUUAACUUACACCACGACCAAUCUCAAUGCAACACUGACAGGUAUAGAAAAAAGUGGUUCUAACAUAACAAGCUACGAUGGCAAUGGAGUCAACAGCAGUGCUUUCAGAAUAUUAAGUUAUACUCUAAAUCCAUCAACACCUGCACAAACAACCUCAACAGCAGAGAUGCCCUCAGAGAUUAAAACAUCGUCCAUCAUAGAACAGGUUUCAACUGUAAACGAAGAAACAAUGUCGACAAGUGACACAAAAACAUUUCCAGCCGAGAAUUUAUCGUCAACAACUGCUGUACUAACUUUGACCAGUGAAGAGCCAUCAUCAACAACUCUUGACCUGAUUUCUACCAGUGAGGAUCAAUCGUCUUCACCUCUUGAUCUGACUUCCAGCAGUGAGGAGCACAUAUCUACAACUCUUGAACUGAUUUCAUCAAGUGAGGAGCCAUCGUCUACAACACUUCACCUGACCUCACCCAGUGAGAUGCCAUCGUCUACGACUCUUGAGCUUACCUCUGCCAGUGAGGAACCAUUGCUGACCUCCACCAGUGAGGAGCCGUCAUCUACAACUCUUGAGCUGACUUCUGCCAGUGAAGAGCAAUCGUCUUCAACUCUUGAGCUGACUUCCAUCAGUGAGGAAGCAUCGUCUACAACUCUUGAUCUGACUUCCAUCAGUGAGGAGCCAUCGUCUACAACUAUAGAUCUGACUUCCACCAGUAAAGAGCCAUCGUCUACAACUCUUGAACUGACCUCUACCAGUGAGCAACCGUCACUAAUAACUCUUGAGCUGACUUCUGCAAGUGAGGAGCCAUCGUCUACAACUCUGGAUCUCACUUCCACCAGUAGAGAGCCAUGGUCUACAACUCUUGAGCCGACUUCAACCAUCGAGAGGCAAUCGUCUACAACUCCUGAGCUGAGUUCCACCAGUGAGGAGCCAUCGUUUACAACUCUUGAGCUAACCUCUACCAGCGAGGAGCUCUCGUCUACAAUGCUUGAGCCGACUUCACCCAGUGAGGAGCCAUUGUCUACAAUGCUUGAGCCGACUACAUUUAGUGAAAGACAAUCAUCUACAACUUAUGAUCUGAGUUCCACCAGUGAGGAGCUACAGUUGACAACUGUUGAGCUGACCUCAAGCAGUGAAGAGCCAUCAUCUACAACUCUUGAGCUGAUUUCCACCAGUGAGGAGCCAUCGUCUUCAACUGGUGAGCUGAAAACAACCAGUGAGGAGCCGUCAUCUACUUCUCUUCAGCUGAUUUCCACCAGUGAGGAGCCAUUGUAUUCAACUGCUGAGCUGACAACAACCAGUGAGGAGCCAUCCUCUGCAACUCUUGAUAAGACAUCAACCAGCGAGGAGCCACUGUCUUCAUCUUUUGAGCCAACUGAAACCAGUGAGGCGCCAACGCCUACAACUCUUCAUCUGACUUCCACCACUGCAGAACAAUUGUCUGCAACACUUGAUAAGACUUCAACUAGUGAGGAACCAUCGUCUACAACUCUGGAUCUGACUUUCACCAGUGAGGAACCGUUAUCUACAAUUCUUGAGCUGACUUCCACCAAUGAGCCAAUGUCUUCGACUGUUGAGGUGACAACAUCCAGUGAGGAGCAGUCCUCUACAACUCUUAAGCUGACUUCCACCACUGCAGAACGGUUGUCUACAACGCUUGAGCAGACUUCACCCAGUGAGGAGCCAUCGUCUACAACACUUGAUAAGACUUCAACCAGUGAGGAGCUGUUGUCUACAACUACUUCACCCAGUGAGCAACCGUCGUCUUCAACUCUUGAGCCGACUGAAACUAAUGAGGAGUCAACGCCUACAACUCUUGAACUGACUUCCACUACUGCAGAACAAUUGUCAACAAUUCUUGAUAAGACUUCAUCAAGUGAGGAGCCUUCGUCUUCAACUCUUGAGCCAACUGAAACAAGUGAGGAGCCAUCGUCUACAACGCUUGAUAAGACUGCAACCAGUGAGGAGCUGUCGUCUACAGCCCUUGAGCCUACUUCGGCCAGUGAGGAGCUAUCGUCUACAAUGCUUGAGCCGACUUCACCCAGUGAGGAGCCAUCGUCUACAACACCUGAUAAGAUUUCAACCAGUGAGGAGCUGUCGUCUACCACCCUUGAGCCUACUUUGCCCAGUGAAGAGCCGUCGUCUUCAACUCUUCAGCCAACUUCAACCAGUGAGGAGUCAUCGACUAUCACUCAAGAGUCGAUUUCACCCAGUGAGCAGCCAUCGUCUACAACACCUGAUAAGACUUCAACCAGUGAGGAGCUGUCGUCAACAAUUCUUGAGCCUACUUCACCCAUUGAGCAGCCGUUGUCUACAACUCUUGAGCCAACUGAAACCAGUGAGGAACCAUCAUCUACAACGCUUGAGCCGACUUCACCCAGUGAGGAGCCAUCAUCUACAACUUUUGAUAAGACUUCAACCAGUGAGGAGCUGUUGUCUACAACUCUUCAGCCUUCUUCGCCCAGUGAGGAGCCGUCGUCUACAACUCUUGAGCCAACUUCCACCAGUGAUGAGCCAUCGUCUACAACACUUGAGACAUCUUCAACGAGUGAUGAGCCAUCGUCUACAACACUUCUGCUGACUUCACCCAGUGAGGAGCCAUCGUCUACAACACUUGAUAAGACUUCAACCAGUGAGGAGCUGUCGUCUACAACUCUUGAGCCUACUUUGCCCAGUGAGGAGCCGUCGUCUUCAACUCCUGAUGAGACUUCAACCAAUGAGGAGCCAACGCCUACAACUCUUGAACUGACUUCCACUACUCCAGAACAAUUGUCAACAACUCCUGAUAAGUCUUCAACAAGUGAGGAACCGUCGUCUUCAACUCUUGAGCCAACUGAAACCAGUGAGGAGCCAUCGUCUACAACGCUUGAUAAGACUUCAACCAGUGAGAAGCUGUCGUCUACAACUCUUGAGCCUACUUUGCCCAGUGAGGAGCCGUCGUCUUCAACUCCUGAUGAGACUUCAACCAAUGAGGAGCCAACGCCUACAACUCUUGAACUGACUUUCACUACUCCAGAACAAUUGUCAACAACUCCUGAUAAGUCUUCAACAAGUGAGGAACCGUCGUCUUCAACUCUUGAGCCAACUGAAACCAGUCAGGAGCCAUCGUCUACAAUGCUUGAGUCGACUUCACCCAGUGAGGAUCCAUCGUCUACAACACCUGAUAAGAUUUCAACCAGUGAGGAGCUGUCGUCUACAACCCUUCAGACUACUUUGCCCAGUGAAGAGCCGUCGUCUUCAACUCUUCAGCCAACUUCAACCAGUGAGGAGUCAUCGACUAUCACUCAAGAGUCGAUUUCACCCAGUGAGCAGCCAUCGUCUACAACACCAGAUAAGACUUCAACCAGUGAGGAGCUGUCGUCAACAAUUCCUGAGCCUACUUCACCCAUUGAGCAGCCGUUGUCUACAACUCUUGAACCAACUGAAACCAGUGAGGAGCCAUCAUCUACAACGCUUGAGCCGACUUCACCCAGUGAGGAGCCAUCGUCUACAACUUUUGAUAAGACUUCAACCAGUGAGGAGCUGUUGUCGACAACUCUUCAGCCUUCUUCGCCCAGUGAGGAGCCGUCGUCUACAACUCUUGAGCCAACUUCCACCAGUGAUGAGCCAUCGUCUACAACACUUCUGCUGACUUCACCCAGUGAGGAGCCAUCGUCUACAACACUUGAUAAGACUUCAACCAGUGAGGAGCUGUCGUCUACAACUCUUGAGCCUACUUUGCCCAGUGAGGAGCCGUCGUCUUCAACUCCUGAUGAGACUUCAACCAAUGAGGAGCCAACGCCUACAACUCUUCAACUGACUUCCACUACUCCAGAACAAUUGUCAACAACUCCUGAUAAGUCUUCAACAAGUGAGGAACCGUCGUCUUCAACUCUUGAGCCAACUGAAACCAGUGAGGAGCCAUCGUCUACAACGCUUGAUAAGACUUCAACCAGUCAGGAGAUGUCGUCUACAGCCCUAGAGCCUACUUCGGCCAGUGAGGAGCCAUCGUCUACAAUGCUUGAGUCGACUUCACCCAGUGAGGAUCCAUCGUCUACAACACCUGAUAAGAUUUCAACCAGUGAGGAGCUGUCGUCUACAACCCUUCAGACUACUUUACCCAGUGAAGAGCCGUCGUCUUCAACUCUUCAGCCAACUUCAACCAAUGAGGAGUCAUCGACUAUCACUCAAGAGUCGACUUCACCCCGUGAGCAGCCAUUGUCUACAACACCUGAUAAGACUUCAACCAGUGAGGAGCUGUCAUCCACAAUUCUUGAGCGUACUUCACCCAGUGAGCAGCCGUCGUCUUCAACUCUUGAGCCAACAGAAACCAGUGAGGAGCCAACGCCUACAAUUCUUGAUCUGACUUCCACAACUGCAGAACAAUUGUCAACAACUUUUGAUAAGACUUCAACCAGUGAGGAACUGUCGUCUUCAACUCUUGAGCCAUCUUCCACCAGUGAGGAGCCAUCGUCUACAAUGCUUGAGCCGACUUCACCCAGUGAGGAGCCAUCGUCUGCAACACCUGAUAAGACUUCAACCAGUGAGGAGCCAUCGUCUACAACUUUUGAGCCGACUACAUUUAGUGAAAGACAAUCAUCUACAACUUAUGAUCUGAGUUCCACCAGUAAGGAGCUACAGUUUAGAACUGUUGAGCUGACCUCAAGCAGUGAAGAGCCAUCAUCUACAACUCUUGAGCUGAUUUCCACCAGUGUGGAGCCAUCGUCUUCAACUGGUGAGCAGACAACAACCAGUGAGGAGCCGUCAUCUACUUCUCUUCAGCUGAUUUCCACCAGUGAGGAGCCAUCGUAUUCAACUGCUGAGCUGACAACAACCAGUGAGGAGCCAUCCUCUGCAACUCUUGAUAAGACAUCAACCAGCGAGGAGCCACCAUCUUCAUCUUUUGAGCCAACUGAGCCAACUAGUGAGGCGCCAACGCCUACAACUCUUGAUCUGACUUCCACCACUGCAGAACAAUUGUCUACAACACUUGAUAAGACUUCAACUAGUGAGGAACCGUCGUCUACAACUCUGGGUCUGACCUCCACCAGUGAGGAACCGUUAUCUACAAUUCUUGAGCUGACUUCCACCAAUGUGGAGCCAACGUCUUCGACUGCUGAGCUGACAACAUCCAGUGAGGAGCAGUCCUCUACAACUCUUGAGCUGACUUCCACCACUGCAGAACGGUUGUCUACAACGCUUGAGCAGACUUCACCCAGUGAGGAGCCAUCGUCUACAACACUUGAUAAGACUUCAACCAGUGAGGAGCUGUUGUCUACAACUCUUCAGCCUUCUUCGCCCAGUGAGGAGCCGUUGUCUACAACUCUUGAGCCAACUUCCACCAGUGAUGAGCCAUCGUCCACAAUACUUGAGACAACUUCAACCACUGAUGAGCCAUCGUCUACAACACUUCAGCUGACUUCACCAAGUAAGGAGCCAUCGUCUACAACACUUGAUCAGACUUCAACCAGUGAGGAGCUGUCGUCUACAACUCUUGAGCCUACUUUGCCGAGUGAGGAGCCGCCGUCUUCAACUCUUGAGCUAACUUCAAUCAGCGAGGAGUCAUCGUCUGUAACUCAUGAGUCGACUUCACCCAGUGAGGAACCAUCGUCUACAACAAUUGAUAAGACUUCAACCAGUGAGGAGAUGUCGUCCACAAUUCUUGAGCCUACUUCACCCAGUGAGCAACCGUCGUCUUCAACUCUUGAGCCGACUGAAACUAGUGAGGAGCCAACGCCUACAACUCUUGAACUGACUUCCACUACUGCAGAACAAUUGUCAACAAUUCUUGAUAAGACUUCAACAAGUGAGGAGCCUUUGUCUUCAACUCUUGAGCCAACUGAAAGCAGUGAGGAGCCAUCGUCUACAUUGCUUGAUAAGACUGCAACCAGUGAGGAGCCAUCGUCUACAACGCUUGAGCCGACUUCACCCAGUGAGGAGUCAUCGUCUACAACUCUUGAUAAGACUUCAGCCAGUGAGGCCAGUAGGACUUCAGCCACUGAUGAGCUGACAACAACCAGUGAGGAGCCAUCCUCUACAGCUCUUGACCUCACUUCCACCAGUGCAGAACUGUUUUCUACAACGCUUGAGCCGACUUCACCCAGUGAGGACCCAUUGUCUACAACACUUGAUAAGACUUCAACCAGUGAGGAGCCAUCGUCUACAACUUUUGAGCUGACUUCACCGACUGAGGAGCCGUCGUCUUCAACUCUUAAGCCGACUGAAACCAGUGAGGAGUCAACGCUUACAACUCUAGAUCUGACUUCCACCACUGCAGAACAAUUGCCUACAACUCUUGAGCCUACAUCGCCCAGUGAGGAGCCGUCGUCUUCAACUCUGGAGCCAACUUUAACCAGUGAGGAGCCGUUGUCUACAACUUUGGAUCUGACCUCCAAGAGUGAGGAACCGUCAUCUACAACUCUCGAGCUGACUUCCACCAGUGAGGAACCAUCGUCUACCACUCUUGUGCCGACUGAAACCAGUGAGGAGCCAACGCUUACAACUCUAGAUCUAACUUCCACCACUGCAGAACAAUUGCCUACAUCUCUUGAGCCUACAUCGCCCAGUGAGGAGCCGUCGUCUUCAACUGUGGAGCCAACUUUAACCAGUGACGAGCUGUUGUCUACAACUUUGGAUCUGACCUCCAAGAGUGAGGAACCGUCAUCUACAACUCUCGAGCUGACUUCCACCAGUGAAGAACCAUCGUCUACAACUCAAGAGCCAACUUCAACCAGUGAGGAGCCAUCGUCUACAACUCUUGAUAAGACUUCAACCAGUGAGGAGCUGUCGUCUUCAACUCUUGAGCCUACUUCGUCCAGUGAGGAGCCAUCGUCUACAAUGCUUGAGGCAACUUCAACCAGUGAUGAGCCAUCGUCUAAAACGCUUGAGCCGUCUUCACCCAGUGAGGAGCCAUCGUCUACAACACUUGAUAAGACUUCGCCCAGUGAGGGGCCAUCGUCCAUAACUCUUGAGCCAACUUCAACCAGUGAUGAGCCAUCUUCUAUAACUCUUGAGUCGACUUCGCCCAGUGAGGGGCCAUUGUCUUCAACUUUUGAGCCAACUUUAACCAGUGAGGAGCCAUCGUCUAUAACUCUUGAAGCAACUUCAACCAGUGAGGGGCCAUCUUCUAUCAUUCUUGAUCCAACUUCAACCAGCGAGGAACCAUCGUCUACAACUCUUGAUAAGACUUCAACCAGUGAGGAGCUGUCGUCUACGACUCUUGAGCCUACUUCGCUCAGUGAGGAUCCAUCGUCGAUAACCCUGGGUCUGACCUCCACCAGCGAGGAACCGUCAUCUACAAUUCUUGAGCUGACUUCCACCAGUGAGGAGCCGUUGUCUUCAACUGCUGAGCAGACAGCUACCAGUGAGGAGCCAUCCUCUACAGCUAUUGAGCUGACUUCCACCACUGAAGAACCGUUGUCUUCUACGCUUGAGCAGAUCUCACCCAGUGAUGAGCCGUCAUCUACAUCUCUUCAGCCAAAUUCCAACAGUGAGGAGCUGUCGUCUACAACUCUUGAGCCUACCUCGCCCAGUGUGGAGCUGUCGUCUACAACUCUUGAGCCUACUUGGCUCAGUGAGGAGCCAUCGUCGAUAACCCUGGGUCUGACCUCCACCAGCGAGGAACCGUCAUCUACAAUUCUUGAGCUGACUUCCACCAGUGAGGAGCCGUUGUCUUCAACUGCUGAGCAGACAGCAACCAGUGAGGAGCCAUCCUCUACAGCUAUUGAGCUGACUUCCACCACUGAAGAACCGUUGUCUUCUACGCUUGAGCAGAUCUCACCCAGUGAUGAGCCGUUGUCUACAUCUCUUCAGCCAAAUUCCACCAGUGAUGAGCCAUCGUCUUCAGCGCUUGAGCCUACUUCACCCAUUGAGGAGCCGUCGUCUUCAACUCUAGAGCCAACUUCAACCAGUGAGGAGCUAUCGUCUAUAACACUUGAGUUGACUUCACGCAGUGAGGAGCCAUCGUCUACAACUCUUGAUAUUACUUCAACCAGUGAGGAGCUGUCGUCUACAAUUCUUGAGCCUACAUCGCCCAGUGAGGAGCUGUCGUCUUCAACUCUUGAGCUUACUUCAACCAGUGAGGAGCUGUCGUCUACAACUCUUGAGCCUACAUCGCCCAGUGAAAAGCUGUCGUCUACAACUCUUGAGCCUACUUCGCUCAGUGAGGAUCUAUCGUCGAUAACCCUGGGUCUGACCUCCAGCAAUGAGGAACCGUCAUCUACAAUUUUUGAGCUGACCUCCACCAGUGAGGAGCCCUUGUCUUCAACUGCUGAGCAGACAGCAACCAGUGAGGAGCCAUUCUCUACAGCUAUUCAGCUGACUUCCACCACUGAAGAACCGUUGUCUUCUACGCUUGAGCAGACUUCACCCAGUGAUGAACCGUCGUCUAUAUCUCUUCACCCAAAUUCCACCAGUGAUGAGCCAUCGUCUUCAGCGCUUGAGCCUACUUCGCCCAGUGAGGAGCCGUCGUCUUCAACUCUUGAGCCAACAUCAACCAGUGAGGAGCUAUCGUCUAUAACACUUGAGUUGACUUCACGCAGUGAGGAGCCAUCGUCUACAACUUUUGAUAUUACUUCAACAAGUGAGGAGCUGUCGUCUACAACUCUUGAGUCUACAUCGCCCAGUGAGGAGCCGUCGUCUUCAACCUUUGAUAUUACUUCAACCAGUGAGGAGCUGUCAUCUACAACUCUUGAGCCUACAUCGCCCAGUGAGGAGCCAUCGUCUACAACUCUUGAUAUUACUUCAACCAGUGAGGAGCUGUCAUCUACAACUCUUGAGCCUACUUCGCUCAGUGAGGAUCCAUCGUCGAUAACCCUGGGUCUGACCUCCACCAGCGAGGAACCGUCAUCUCCAAUUCUUGAGCUGAUUUCCACCAGUGAGGAGCCGUUGUCUUUAACUGCUGAGCAGACUGCUACCAGUGAGGAGCCAUCCUCUUCAGCUAUUGAGAUGACUUCCACCACUGAAGAACCGUUGUCUUCUACACUUGAGCAGAUCUCACCCAGUGAUGAGCCGUCGUCUACAUCUCUUCAGCCAAAUUCCACCAGUGAUGAGCCAUCGUCUUCAGCGCUUGAGCCUACUUCGCCCAGUGAGGAGCCGUCGUCUACAACUCUUGAGCCCACAUCGCCCAGUGAGGAGCCGUGGUCUUCAACUCUUGAGCUUACUUCAACCAGUGAGGAGCCGUCGUCUACAACUCUUGAGCCUACUUCGCCCAGUGAGGAGCCGUCGUCUUCAACUCUUGAGCCAACAUCAACCAGUGAGGAGCUAUCGUCUAUAACACUUGAGUCGACUUCACGCAGUGAGGAGCCAUUGUCUACAACUCUUGAUAUUACUUCAACCAGUGAGGAGCUGUCGUCUACAACUCUUGAGCCUACAUCGCCCAGUGAGGAGCCGUCGUCUUCAACUCUUGAGCCAACUUCAACCAGUGAGGAGCUGUUAUCUACAACUCUUGAGCCUACAUCGCCCAGUGAGGAGCCGUCGUCUUCAACUCUUGAGCCGACUUCACCCAGUGAGGAGCCAUCGUCUACAAUACCUGAUAAGACUUCGACUAGUGAGGAGCCAUCGUCUGUAGCCCCAGAGCCGACUUCAACCAGUGAGGAGCCAUCGUCUACAACUCUUGGUCUGACUUCGACUAGUGAGGAGCCAUCGCCUACAGCUCUUGAUCUGACCUCACUUGGUAAGGAGCCAUCCUCUGCAACCCUUGAGCCGACUUUCACCAGUGAGACGCAAUCGUCUACAACCCUUGAUCUGAUUUCCACCAGUGAGCUAGAGCCUUCGUCUACAACUCACGAGCAAACUUCCACUAGUGAGGAGCCUUCGUUCACAACUCUUGUGCAAAGUGAGGAGUCAUCGCAUAUAACUCUUGAUCUGACUACAACCAGUGAAGAGCCAUCGUCUACAACUCUUGAUCUGACCACAACCAGUAAGGAGCGAUCGUCUACAACUUCUGAGCCGAUGGCAUCUAGUAAGGAACUGUCGUCUGCAACUCCUGAGGCGACGGCAACCAGUGAUGAGCCCUUGUCUACAGCUCUUGAUGUGACUGCAACCAGCGAGGAGCCAUCGUCUACAACUCCCGAGCCAACUUCCACCAGUGUUAAGCCAUCGUCUGCUGAACCAGAAACCACGUCAACAGAAGAGCUUUUGACUACAACCGAACCAGAAACUACGACUACAGAAGAGUUUUCAAUUACCAGUAAACCAGAAACCACAGCAAUAGAAGAGAGUUCAACUACAACCGAACCAGAAACGUCAACAACAGAAGAAGUUUCAAGUACCACUGAACCAGAGACCACAACAACAGCCGAGUUUUCAACUACUCCCGUACCAGAAACCACACUUACCGCAGAUGGCUCAACUAGCACUGAACCAGAAACAACAUCUAGAGAAGAGCUUUCAACUACUACAGAACCAGAAACCACAACUACCGUGGUGCUUUCAACUACCACUGGACCAAAAUUGUCAACUACUGAAGUGAUUUCAACCACUGCACCAGGAACCUCAACCACUGAAGUAGUUUCGACUACCACUGGACCAAAAUUGCUAACUACUGAAGUGAUUUCAACCACUGCACCAGGAUCAUCAACCACUGAAGUAGUUUCGACUACCACUGGACCAAAAUUGUCAACUACUGAAGUGAUUUCAACCACUGCACCAGGAACCUCAACCACUGAAGUAGUUUCGACUACCACUGGACCAAAAAUGUCAACGAAAGGGAAAAUUUUAACAACUGUAUUGGGGACAACUUCCACCCCAGCACCAUCACCCACAUAUGCCCCUACAACUCUUUUGACAACAGUACUCACAGCUACCGCAGUGAAAGUAACCACCUCAACGACGAUCAAAACUACCACACCUAUAGCAACUACAAAGAAGGUGCCACCUGUUGACAAGGUACCAUUGGACACAAUUCGAUUCUCAGAUAAAGACGGGGAAGCGUUGAUGACAAGUUUCAAGGGUCAAUUCAGAUGGAUGAAACCAUUCAAUAAGAAAGAAUGCGACAAGGACAUGAAUGUAUUUCAAGCCCAGAUGCGUCCAUAUUUUGCACGUAUCAACGGAUUUGUUAAACUGAAGCUUGGAAAUUGCAGACAAGGCAGUACCAUUAUUGACUACGAAGCAAACUUCGCGCUCAAGGAUGUCCAGAACAACACCCUCACGGAUGAGAUCUUCAACCUAGUUAUCGCCCCUCUAUUGGGCAACCCUAACGCUACAGUGGAAGGUUACCGGUUUGACCCACGUUACAACCUCUUGGCGUUCAACAGCUCUGUCAACAAGUUCGACCCCUGUAAUACAACGCCUUCACCAGCCUGUCACUCUGAGAUGGGCUACAAGUGCAUCGUUCUCGGUUCCAAUCCGAUUGAAAUGAAAUGUGUUUCAAAGUGUCUUGACUACGGUAAUUGUAAAAACGGCGGCAAGUGUAAAAUAGACAAGAAGGGAAAUACCAGCUGCGAUUGCGCGGGUACGGGACACAGUGGUCGCUACUGUACCGAACGUCUAAAUACCAAUCAACCAGAAUCAGUUGCAAAGACAGCCGUCAUAGCCUUAGCCAUCAUCUUGGGAAGUCUGCUACUUAUCACGAUAGUCGCUGGGAUCCUAAAGAUAUUCUACAGGGCAAAAGUCACGCGGAUGACCAAUAUGAAUACUGGCUCCGAUAGUUCGAUGUCGUGGCCAACUUCCUACUGGCAUGAGUUGGAGAGACCGCAGAAUCUAUUCGGCCGAAUCCUGCCGCCUGCGAGUACUUUUAAGGACCCCUGGCCUUGGGGAGAUGGGUUGUCACCCAGCUUUGGUAAUAACGAUGAGCCCCUUCGUGACGAGCCUACAAUAGACCCUCUGGAUGAUUGGAUGGUCGGUGAUGGAGAAGAAGGGGGAUAUUUCAAUAUUUAUUAUCGCACGCCAGGAAAGUUCACGAUAGACCGUCCAUCAAUUGAGAAGUCGCCUUACGGAGUCCACAGCCUUGCAGGCAGCGCAGCCUCUCUCGUUUCGACAAAUGGGGAACGGCUAUCCAUAGAUAGCUCAAAACAUGACGAUGGCAGCUCCGUUGAAAAUGAACUAUCCGAACUUGCUGAGAAUGGAAGUAUAUCUGGCCACCUGCCUGUGAUAGCGCACCUCUGAUUGGUUGGGUUCGAAAACUUGUCGCCCAUGAUGGUAGCGCGCAGUGCAUUGGCUGAUUGACUGUUUGGCUUGAUGUCUGUUUGGAUGGUAGUUUCGGAUGUAGGUCGAUAUACCAGCCCGCGAUAGCGCAACCCUGAUUGCAUGGCUGUAUAUCCUUGAAUAGUCUUCAUGUGACAGUAGUUUUGGAUCAGACUGCUGUAUCACGUGACAAACGUGUUUGUUGCCGUAGCUUCGAGUUGGCACAUCCGCUCACUGUGAGGAGACACCUCGUGAUAGCCUUCGUGAUUUUGUAGCAGUCGCAGAGCCUACCUUCGGAUCCAAACUCCGUUAUUCGAAUCAAAGGCUAAUACUGCAGGGUACAGGACUUUGAAGCCUGGUCAGCUAACCGCUGGUCUCCGAUUCUGAUACGUGCAAUUUGGAAAGUACUCUUAAUAGAUGUAUUAUGUACAAGAUUUGCAGAGAAUCCAGAUAUAAAUCAUUAUUCGCCUAUAAGAUUUCAUGGCCUCUUUCGAAUCAUAUGUCAGCAAGUGAAUGUAUAAGUCCUCCUUUUGACUGAAAAGAGUAGCUCAGACUUUCGAUGAAGGAGGAUGGUAGCUGGAAGUGGGACUAGUUUCUAAAGUGGUGUAAAUGUACCUCUUAUGCAUGCAGGAAUAGUAGGCCUACGUGUUGAAAAAAAUCUGAGAUACAUGUAAUUUUUACAUAAGUAGAAAUGAUAUCGUCCGCCUUUCUAUACGACCUUUCUUCCUUUAGGACCCUCUUUCGAACCUCAGGUUAAUUAGCGAGUGAACUUCUAAGCUCUCAUUUUUGACGGUAAACUUGGGCUCUUUCGAUUUUGAAGGAGGAAUGUAUUGAUAAAAGCGUGGCGAGUUUCUAAUAGUUGUGCACCUCUCGUGCAUUGGAAUAUCAUUUGAUGAAUUAGUGAAUGAAGAAGAGCCAUCUGCAUCUCUCUACCACCUCCCUUCCUUUUAGCAUGUUAAGAGUCGAACUCCAGCAAAUGUAUUGUACAAUUUCAAACUUUUGGCUGCAGUGUGAACUGUGAUUCAAACAUUCCAUACAGAAGGAGGACUGAGAGUUAUGAUGUGUGUACAUUUUUGAACAAUAUUCGAUGAUUAUGCAACAGAAACAAACAUGUGUAGGAUUCUCCACCAAUCAUUAGUGGUCAUGUCCAUUAUUUGUUCAGUUGGGUAAUGGUCGUUGAGUUUUUCAAAACGCAAAUUUUGUAUCGCUAAAAAAUGUAAUAAUAAUCUGUGACAUAGGAAUGCAAUAGGUUAGGUAAACGUUGGUGCUAUAUUCGUAGUGCUGCUCUUAUUCGUGUUUCGUGGACAAGACUCAAUCGGCUCUUUGGCCCAUAAAGAUGCGUUUUGUACGAAAUGAGCGACAUCUGUAGCCUGGGUAAGUUCCGAUUGUGCAUUGUACAUGGCCGUAGCGGGGUGCGACUCAUCCUCUUUUGAGGACGGGGAACCAUCUUUUUAAUUGAGCGAGGUAAUCUUUUACGACGCCCCUUGGAUAAUUGAAAAACCUCUCUCUGGAGAUCGUGCAUGGCUACGCCUAUGUACACUGCAUGCUGCUGGGGAUCUAACAUCAAGUUAAAGCGACAACUUUGGGGAUGAGAUAUGUUGGUUUUUCAUACAAAACUGGCUUCCAGCAGGACCGUGACUUCUCAAAACAGGAUAAUUGAAAAUUCAUUGAACUGUAAUAAACAAUAAUGCACUUGAACGGGGUUUAACGAAAGGCCUGCCUGAAAUUCACACGCCAUGUCCAAAACUGCCUCGCAACACCGUUCAAAAUCAGUAUUAGAACUCAGCAUCUGUGUGAUACCACUGGUGGCGGCGCAUGGUGGCAAGCAGAGUCAUUAUCCUCCUGGCAAGGUAACUACCACCCCCAAGUUGUCCCUUUAUGAAUACUGUAGUACAUUCCUUGAUAUCGAAAAUUAUUCAUCGGACAUUCAAAUUUUUUCAGUAUGUACAUGUACAUUUUUUAAACAGGGUCGUAUCUAUAUCGUGACUGCUUUUCACGAACAAAUCGCUUCUACAUAUGUACAUAAAGUACCAAUAGGUAAUAUUGUUAUUGUUUAAAGCUGUGAUAUUCGUAUCUGUCAUUCAGAAUUUGAGCCAGCGAAUUCGAAAUAGUUGUUGGUGCAGUAUAAAAUGCUUGUUACAUAAUAUCAAGAAUUCAGUAAAGUCUUUUGUCUAUUCUUGAUAUUCUUGUAAUUUAUAAGUAGUAUAGCGCUAACACAAAAGCGAGUGUCAGAAUUCGGCCCUCAAUUUUGAUAACAAAGACAAUUUUCAUAUUUUGUA